AUCGUCCCCGCCAUCCCCCUCAACCUGCCCGCUCCUUUGUUCCUUCUGCUGUUUUGUCCCGACACGACCUGAGGGUGGUCGCACCAUGCUCCGGUUGACCUCGGACCACUUCCCAGUCUUUGUACCAUUUGGGAUCAUUGGCUUUUAUCGAUACUUGUGGUACCUAAUACGUAUAGCUGCCUCCCUCGCCUACCGCCCCGUCCCCCUACCAGAGAACCCAACCUACAUCGCCGAGGAAGAUGUCACGAUCGUCGUCCCCACCAUCGACGCCGGAGAGGAGUUCAAGGAGGCCGCCCACAGCUGGCUUGUCGGCAAGCCCAAGGAGAUUCUCAUCAUCACCGAGGAGAAAAUGCUUGGCCCUCUGCAAGACCUCGCCAACCAGGUCGACCCCGAGCGCAUCCGCGUCUUGACCGUCCCCUUCGCCAACAAACGCCUCCAGAUGUCCCACGGCAUCAAAAACACCACGACCGACAUUAUCGUCUUCGCCGACGACGACGCUAUCUGGCCUCCUACCCUCCUCCCGUACACCCUGGCGUGUUUCGAGGACCAGAAGGUCGGUGGUGUCGGAACCUCGCAGCGUGUACAGCCUGUCGGCAACCGCAUGACGGUCUGGGAGGUUCUCGCCGCUUUCCGUCUCUCGAUCCGGAACAUCGAGAUCGCCUCGUCGACCCACAUCGACGGCGGUCUGCCGUGUCUCUCCGGCCGUACUGCUGCCUACCGCACGGUCAUCCUGAAGGAUCCCGAGUUCUUGCACGGCUUCACGCACGACUACUGGCUUGGGAAGUACCAGCUCAACUCGGGCGAUGACAAGUUCCUCACCCGCUGGAUGGUCGCCCACGGCUGGAGCACCUACGUCCAGUGCUGCAAGGAGGCUGAGCUCCUCAGUACGAUGAAGCCCAACUGGCGGUUCUUGAAGCAGGUGCUUCGAUGGACACGUAACACCUGGCGGUCGGACUUGCGUUCUCUCUUCACCGAGCGGUACAUCUGGACAUCGCAUCCGUAUGUUGCGUACACGAUGGUUGACAAACUGUUCAACCCGUUCACGUUGCUUGCGGGACCGGUUUUCGUCGGCAUAGUGGUUUACAAGUCGACAAUCCCGGUUGAUGACGGCGGUUUCCAUUUGCCUUGGUGGAACGUUGUGGUCAGUUAUUUCGUUUGGUUGUUCGCUACCCGGACGGCGAAGCUCCUUCCCCAUCUGUGGUACCGGCCACAAGACGUCAUCCAUGUACCCGCCUUCAUCCUAUUCGGCUACUACUUCUCCAUCAUGAAGAUUUAUGCACUACUGACGCUUCACGAGACUGGUUGGGGUACCCGUGCCGGUAUCGGCGAUGCUCGGGCUGCCACUGCAGCGGCGGACGCGGGCGCAGGUGGUCAGGGUUACGUGGAGAAGCUCCCGGACACGCCCAGCUACCCGCAACAGCAGUACCCACAACAACCAUACUCCCCACAACCACCACAGCAGCAGCAGUACUACCAGCAGCCACCAGUGGAGAUGCAGGCAGGAUACGCGCGGUGAUCGUGAUCGCCGCCGUGCUCGCGGGUGUGUACGAGUCGAGAUGCCCCUCACUGCUACGUUCCGAACUUCUUUCUCCUACCGCACAUUUCUCCCUAGGCAUUCAUCCUCUACACCCGGCUCCUGCCUCACAUCGUCUACGCUCCCCAUCUACGGUACCCAGAAUAUACCCACCGUGUCUCACAGCCCGGUGCAUGGAGAUCUAGUCGUCUGCCGUCCCCGCCACGUCGUACUACACGCUCGCCCACGCUCGCCGCCGACGCCCCGCACCACCGCCGUUGUCUCGCUACGCUUGCAUCCCGGAUAGUGUGUGCAUGUAAUAUGUACAGUCUGCCCGCCCGUCUUCUCGGACCCUUCGCGUAGAUCCCCUGCUGCGCUGCCGGCUCUCGCGGGGUCUGUGUGGGCACGGGCCGCCACCGCAGCGCGGGUCUUGAACUUUACGACAGCAUGGAUGUUCAUAGCACAACACCUCCGUAUCUAUUAUAGCGUCGGGCUCCGGUGCCACCCCC